GGGUGCACAUAUUGCGGGGUGACCCUGCGGUCAUCAGAACGCCAUAUCUCCACCUCAUUGGCCCUGGAACCUCACAAUCCCCGUCUCACCCCGUUAUAUAACGGCCUUGGCAGCAGCAGUCCUCAAGGCCGCCGGGACCGCCGUCAACAGAAUAAAUAGCGGAGGGAUCCAGAGCGGCACUCAAACAAAUCCAGCCACAGGUGUAUCCCGCCAUGCUGCGUCUCAUCGCUCUCCUCGCCGCCCUCUGCGCAGUCGCUCAUGGCUGCCCCACCAUCCUCACCAAGUCUCAGUGGGGGGGUCGUGCCGCCACCUGCAGGACAGCCAUGGCCACUCCAGUCACAUACGUGGUCAUCCACCACACUGAGGGCACCGCCUGUACCACCCAAUCCGCCUGCAUCACCCAAGCUAAGAACAUCCAGAGCUACCACAUGAACAGCAACGCCUGGUGCGACAUCGGCUACAGCUUCCUUGUUGGUGAAGACGGCAACGCAUACGAGGGGCGUGGAUGGACAUCUGUGGGAGCGCACGCCCCCAACUACAACUCCAACUCCAUUGGCAUCAGCGUCUUCGGCUCCUUCAUCAGCCGUAACCCCAACACCGCAGCCAUAAAUGCAGUCAAGAGUCUCAUCAGCUGCGGCGUCACCAAAGGAUACAUCAAGUCUGCCUACAUCCUGAAGGGACAUCGCAACGUCACCGCCACCGACUGCCCCGGAAACACCUUCUACAACACAGUCAAGACCUGGCCCCGCUUCCAGGCGUAAUCCCCGGGGGUAACUCGCCCCGCUUCCAGCUGUAAUCCCGCUGUGUAACUCGCCCCAGAGAGGAUCCAGCAUGUGACGGAAAUAAA